GUUCAGUGGUGCCAUUAGAAAGACAAAGAGUCCAUCUUUCACGACUGCAUUUUAUUUUUUCAUUACAAUGUAUCCGAUCUUGUUGAACUCGUCUGGAUUUAGUUGCUUACACGUCCGUCCAGUUUCUUGUGAGGUUACAGGCCGUGGGACUUUUGUGACAAGUUAUCAACCUUUCGGUAGAUACAAUAAACCGCUAACACCAAAACUUGAUCUUAAAUCUAAGUGUAAGAAUGGCACCAUGGAAGGCAGAGGGGUGGUGGUUGUGAACCCUAAGCCAAACAAAGGGCUUACUUCCAUGGUAGUUGAUUGGAUGGAGAAGUUUGUAGUGAAGCUAAUGUAUGAUUCAUCGCAACCUCAUCACUGGCUCUCUCAUAAUUUUGCUCCCGUUCAUGAGACUCCUCCUUCCAAACAUCUACCCGUAAUCGGUCACCUACCGGAGUGCCUGAAUGGGGAGUUUGUUAGAGUAGGCCCAAAUCCAAAGUUUCCUCCUGUGGCUGGAUAUCACUGGUUUGAUGGAGAUGGCAUGAUCCACGGGUUGCGAAUAAAAGAUGGAAAGCCAUCUUAUCUCUCACGUUACGUAAGAACAUCUCGUUUAACCCAAGAGGAAUUCUUUGGCGGAUCUAAGUUUACAAAGAUUGGAGAUCUUAAAGGACCAUUUGGAUUUUUGAUGAUCCUUAUAGAGAUGAUUAGAUCAAAGCUCAAAAUUCUUGAUCUUUCAUAUGGCAUUGGGACAGGAAACACAGCUCUCAUAUAUCAUCAUGGAAAGCUCUUGGCGUUAUUCGAAGGAGAUAAACCAUAUGUCAUUAAGGUAUUGGAGGAUGGUGACCUUCAAACUCUUGGAUUAAUGGAUUAUGAUGAAAGGCUUUCUCACAACUUCACUGCUCACCCGAAGAUUGACCCAGUAACGGGUGAGAUGUUUGCGUUUGGAUAUUCACGAACACAGCCAUAUGUCAUGUAUCGUGUGAUUUCAAAAGAUGGUGUCAUGAAUGAUCCAGUGCAAAUAACAAUUCCAGAAUCAAUAAUGAUGCACGACUUUGCGAUUACUCAGAAUUAUGCAAUUUUCAUGGAUCUGCCUUUGUACUUUAGACCAAAAGAAAUGGUGAAGGGUGAAAAGUUUAGUUACCUAUUUGAUCCAACCAAGAAAGCUAGAUUUGGCAUACUUCCACGGUAUGCAAAGAACGAGCUCCAAAUAAAAUGGUUUGAACUUCCAACUUGCUUCAUAUUUCACACUGCCAAUGCAUGGGAGGAAGGAAAUGAAGUUAUUUUAAUUGCAUGCCGGCUUCAAAAUCCAAAUUUGGAUAUGGUUCCAAGCAACAAUUUCACAAACGAGCUGUAUGAGAUGAGGUUCAACAUGGAGAGUGGUAUAGCUUCUCAAAAAAAGCUAUCAGAAUCCGCUGUUGAUUUUCCCAAAGUCAACCAGUUCUACACCGGCAGGAAACAACGAUAUGUGUAUGCAACUAAGCUUGACAACAUUGGAAAAGUGACGGCGAUUGUGAAAUUUGAUUUACAUGCAGAACCUGAAACUGGAAAAACAAAGAUUGAAACCGGAGGAAAUAUUCAAGGAAUCUAUGAACUUGGGCUAGGUAUAUUUGGUUCAGAGGCCAUUUUUGUUCCUAAUCAACCUGGACGGGAUUCUGAAGAAGAUGAUGGUUAUUUGAUUUUCUUUACACAUGAUGAAAGCAAAAGGAAAUCAUCAGUAACAAUAAUAGAUGCCAAAACAAUGUCUCCUAAUCCAGUUGCAGUCAUCCCAUUGCCUCAUAGGGUUCCAUAUGGUUUCCAUGCCUUUUUUGUCACAGAGGAGCAAAUUCAAGAACAAUCAAAAUUGUGAGUUGUAUGAAGUAUUCUUGUUUGUUCCUAAGCAUUUAUUGGCAUAUAAUGUUAAGCACCGAAUUAAACAUUACUAUUAGUCCUAAGUAUGUAAUUAUGUGUCACAUUAGUAUUAUUUAGUCUGGCUCACAUAAGGUUUUGGCGCCGGUUUA